CACACACACACACACACACACACCCACACCCACACACACCUGCCCACACCUGCGCACAUCUUCCCCUCCUCGCCUCUCCCGGCCUGGAGUCCCAACUCCUCCUCCACCCAAAUGUCCUCAGGUCCUCAGGUCCCUGGACUCGGGAGUCUGCAGCCUCAGCACUCGUGAUCCACUCGUGAUACGAGCUAGUAGCAGCCUGCUCGCAUACCUUGUUCUAUUCCACUUGAAGCUGGCUCGGCUUGUCAAUCCUUGGUUCGUUGGUCAGUUGGUUGGUUCAUUCAUCCAUCGACAUCCUUCCCCAAACUUCACUUUGAUUUCCUUUAUCUAACACCUACCUCCCGUCUCCUCAUGACCCAAAUCCCCCAGCUCUUUUCUCUGAUAUCAUCUCCUCCUGACCAGAACCUUAAGCAUUCUCUCCCGUCAUUCUCUCCUCCACCUGGUGACAGAGACACGAGACUUACAGGCAUCGUCAUCGUCAUCGUCAGCACCUCAAACCUCACCAUCCUCUACACCCUCUCACAAUUUUUUCACACGUCAGCCUUGUUGGAUCGUGACCAGCGGCCUAUUCUGCGUGACCUUUGACUGAGAACCAAAUCCUCGUCACUGCCACCACAGCCCCUGGGUCGAGGGUGCCUUGUCUGGAUGCUCAACUGCCCACCAAGUACAAAGAGUCGCCAGUCUACCCUCUUCUAAACCAUCUCCACCAACCUUUCGUUACACAACAUGGAUUUCACCAUGGGCGACUUUUGUCUGUCCUGCGAUGGUCAAACCAAUGGCACUGCAUUCUGUUCCUCGGCAUGUCGUCUCACCCAACUCGAUCACCUUGUCGGAUCUCCCGCCUCCACCAGCUCAUCAUGGUCCUCGGUCGAGUCGAUUCCCAUUCAAGUCACCACACAACGGUCGUCGUUAGCCUCGGGGUCGUCAGCCACUACCACCCAUAGCUUUUCUCUUCCCCCGGCCUAUGACUUUUCAGUCCAUCGAACCACGUCGUCCAACUCACUCUCUCUAUCCUUGACCUCUCGACCACACAGUCCCAAGCUCUCUGAACAAGCACGCAACGAUCUCAAAGACUAUGUCGGUUCCUUUGAUCAAACUCGGACAUUGAGGCGCAAAGUCUCGAUGCAGACCAAUGAGGACUGCAGGAGAUCCACAAAGACCCAGUGACACUUAACCACCUACGAAGCCGUUGCCCACGGGCAAGACGACAUAUAUCAUGUUUUGAUGCGCUGAUCUAUACCCUUGUGUUAAUCUACUUUGUCCAUGUCAGCAUAGCAUGUUACUGGUUAUCAAAAGCAUAUUGGCGGGCCCCUAGCCUUUUUUUUGG